UGCUGGAAUUAGCGUAAACGAACGAUACAUAAUAUCGAUACUCCAAAAUCCACCAUGGAUUACCCCAGUUGCAGGUUCAGAAACUGCAUUGUUAUCUUCAUUGGCACGCUCUUCCUUGCUACUCUAGGUGCCGCUAAAGGACAUGGAUUGUCAACCUGGAUAUCGCUUGGUAUUAAAUCACCGUUUAUUGUUUUCCGGGACGAGCAGGAAGUGUUAUCCAAUAACAGUGUUCUACUAAAUUUGACUGAUAUACGAAACAAAUUGAAAUAUGUCCAAAAUCUUGACCAUUUCAUCCGUCCUAUUGACAGUACCAACAAUGAGAAAAAGAUAGUCAUUAAUGACGAUGAUGGACAGAGUGGAAUUAAAAUUGGAGCAUCACCUGAAUCAGUAUUCAAAGUCGAAAGCGAUAUCGGCGACGGCAAUACGUCGAUAACAUUUCUUACGACCGCAAUUCCCACCUUUGUGAAUCACUUCGAGAAAAAUAUGGAGAAAAUUGGAGAAAAUAGUCAUCUAACAUCGAAUGGACAGAAUCCCACUGUGAUGAUGGGGUCAGCUGAUCAAAUGAUUUCUGAUGAUGAUGGUGCAAAAAAAGAACGUAAAUAUAUUAUUCCAUUGGCUUUGAAAACGUCUGCGAACGACAAGGAAAAAACUUCAUCACUAUUCCACGGCUCAUCUACCAAUAUUGAGGACUUGAAACGACAUAUUUUAAUGCUCCAAAAUCUCACGCAAUCUGACAAAAACUUCCAAAGUAAGUUUGUAGUAUUUCCAUCGCUGCAAACAAAUGGAACAACAAAUGCUUCCCCAGCGCCUGUAACAACACUACCGAUGCUGCCAUUGGAGCAGCGUCGUGUGCAAUUGCCAGGGGCAACAUCUUUUAUCGACAUGAAGGAAUAUCGGAGUAUUUCAUCUAGAAAUAGACACCGGAGUGGCAAUAUUGGUAGUGUAAUAUUGGAGAGCAACGCCACAAAUCGUGACCGACCAUCUACCACCAGCGCAAUUAAUAUCCCACGAAAACCUUUCACACACUCGACGAUGUCGGACCAAAAAGAGGAAAUGCAAAAUAGCAAAAUGGAGAAAAUAACCAUUGUGCCCCAAGUAUUCAUACAAAAUGAUCAAACUAGUGAUGAUCACCUCAGCGAUAAGAACGACAGCGAAUCUAUUGCUUCACUUGGCUCUCCGUUGUCUAGAACCCGCGAAACAAUGUAUCUGCCGCAGGUUACUCAAAAGUUCGGCCGCAAACCAGACGCAACCAGCAUUGCAGAAAAGUUUGGCAGUGCAAACAACAAAACAACAUUUGCAAAUGCACAAAACAAUAAUGGCACGUUCAGAGUAUUUCUUACAGAUGAGUUGCCGGAUAAGGAGACCGAUAAGAAAAACCAAACAGACCUAAUUAUGACAAAUAAAGAACGUCAAGCAGCAUUAGGCAAAGGCGACUCGAACAGAAAACAACGUAAAAAUGGUCGCCGACGAGGAAGAGGUGAUAAACAAAAAAAUAUAUUAAAAAACGACGGCUCAACCGAACAAUCAAAAAGUAUAAUACUCAAGCACGAAGGUUCAGUCCUAAAAAGCAGAAACAACCACAGUGACGUUGUUCCAAAACCUAAGGACCAUGCCAUAGAAACAAGCAUUGAGAGUCGUGUUAAAAAGUGGUCAUCCCCUCGAGUACGACGCAAUGAUAACGAACGGCGUCAACCAACAAAUAAGCAUCCUCAACAUCAGCAUCUUUCAGCAAGUGCUCGAGCUUAUGAAAUGAGUAAAGUAGGCAGUAGUGAAAAUCGAGUAACAGUAGCAUCAUCACCAUCCUUUGUUAGCACGAACAGUGAAGAAGGAUACGGUGUAAAAGGCAACAAAAAUCUCAGUAAUCAUAAUAGAAUCCCACUAUCAUCGUCAUCGAUAGGGGAUGGGCGUGAGAAGGAUGUCGUAGAUUUAAAUCCUGAUCUAUGCUACACGGUCAGUGCGCUAAGUGGCGGACAACAGAAGUUGUGUGCCCAACAUACAAGCAUUAUGCCAGCUAUAAGUCGAGGAGCACGUGCUGCAAUACAGGAAUGUAAGCAUCAAUUUCGAAAUCGUCGCUGGAAUUGCAGCAUAGUGAACGAUGAUAGUGUUUUCGGACCAAUAUCUAAUAUAGGUUCUCCUGAGAUGGCGUUUGUUUAUGCCAUGGCGGCCGCUGCAGCGUCUAGUUUCAUAGCCCGAGCAUGUCGCGAUGGACAGUUUGCAUCUUGUGGUUGUUCACGAAGCAGUCGCCCGACGAAACUGAAUGCAGAUUGGACGUGGGGUGGAUGUGGAGAUGAUAUGGAGUUUGGCUAUAAACUGACACAAUCAUUCAUUGAUGUUAAAGAGAAAGAAAAAAAGAGAGGCACACGUGGCUUAGUAUCUGUACCGGCGAAAUAUCCAAAAAUUGUUGAACGAUUGUUGGACGCACUCAAUGAUACAACUAAAAACAUGCUGAAUGAAUCCGAUAUGAUUGUCAAGCCACAGGAUUUAGAAAAAUUGCAAGAUAAAAUCGCAAAAGAAAUUGAGAAGUCCAAUCUCAAUGCAAAGGAAAUAAGUGACUUACAGGAACGAAUUUACAAGGAAAUCACUAGUUCCGAAUUAUUCAACUUGAAAAAUGUCAACAUUUACGAUAAAUUGAAAAAAAUAUUUCGGAAACCUGAGAAAACGCUCAACGGAGUACAGUUUAGCGCCACAGCCAAAGCACGAGCACUGAUGAAUUUGCAUAACAAUGAAGCAGGACGAAGGGCUGUCAUAAAAAAGUCGCGGAUUAUCUGUAAAUGUCAUGGUGUUUCCGGUUCAUGUAGUUUGAUUACAUGUUGGCAACAAUUAACAACUAUCAGAGAAAUUGGGGACUUCUUGCGUGAAAAAUAUGAUGAAGCUACACAAGUAAAGAUGAACAAACGGAGUCGCUUACAAGUGAAGGACCCUAGAUACAAAAUUCCUUCCGCCUUGGAUCUGAUUUACCUAGAAGAAAGUCCUGAUUGGUGCCGUAUCAACCGACAACUCAAAUGGCAAGGAACACACGGUCGGGUGUGUAAUAAAACAUCUUCUGGUCUGGACAGUUGUUCUAUUCUAUGCUGCGGUAGAGGCUACAAUACAAAAAAGAUCAUUGUAAAGGAACGUUGCAACUGCAAAUUUCAGUGGUGCUGCCAAGUAAAAUGUGAAGUUUGCACCAAAAGCAUUGAGGAGUAUACGUGUAAAUAAAAAAAGAGAAUGGAGGUCAUAAAAGUUGCCAGAUUGAAAUUCCAAGGUGAAGUCAAUUUUAAAAGUUGAAAAUAGGACUUUUUUAAAGUGUUUUAACAAUAUCCUUCAAAACAACAUUCGCAGCAAACAAGCAGCCGUAACGAUCUUCUAGAUGGCAGAAAGAAUCAUAUAGCAUUAAAACACAUUUUUUUGUAUUAGAUAUUGAUUUUUCGUAGUUGGAAUAGUUUCUUGUUUUCUGAAAGGAAACAUACUGAAGUAAAGCAAAAUGUACAUAACGGUUAUUGAAAUGAGUGUUUAAAAUAUUCCCAAAAGACGAGAUAAACAGCAGUAUUAUUAGAUACGGUUUUACUUUAUCCAGUAUUUAUGCUUUUCAUAUAACAACGUGGAAGGCCAGUGUUCUCUUAUUGGAAAUUGUUUAGUAUUUGAUAUGAUAGUAUUUCUAUGCAGUAGAAUAUUUGUUAGAUUUUGAUCGAUCGUUCUAACAAUUUUUAUGUUUCUGUCUCUCUCAAAAAUUGCAUUUACUAUUUGAAUAUUAUCAUUCAGCGUUUUAGCAUCUUCAAGACGUACUACUCCUAAGAUUUGAUCACGCACUUUUGACACAAUAUGUACGUAUGUUAGAUGCAACGAAUGAAAACAACAUUUACGGUAAUAAAAGAAAGUUUCAAAAA